AUGGCUACAACCGCCGCCGCACCCUCACGAAGACGCGGCGCCUUCAUCGUCUUCGAGGGACUCGAUCGCUCCGGCAAGUCGACACAGGUCCAGCGGCUGGUCGAUGCGCUGAAUGCGCGGGGUGUGCAGACGAAGGGUGCGAGGUUCCCGGACCGAACACUUUCGACUGGCAAGAUGAUUGACUCGUACCUCUCGCAAAAGGCCGACUUGGACGACCGAGCGAUUCACCUGUUGUUCUCGGCGAAUCGCUGGGAACGAGCAACGCAGAUCGUUGAGGACUUGCGGAAUGGCGUGACUGUCGUUUGCGAUCGCUACGCUUUCUCCGGAAUCGCUUUCUCCGCCAUCAAGGGUUUGUCCUGGAACUGGUGUCGAGCGCCAGACGUGGGCCUUCCUCAACCCGAUCUCGUACUUUUCCUCCGCGUCUCACCGGAAGUCGCGCAACAACGAGGAGGGUUCGGGCAGGAGCGGUACGAAACGUCAGAGGUGCAGGGGAAGGUGGAGAAGGCGUUCACGAGGCUCGGUCAGAGCGUAGGUGAGGAAGUGUGGACCGAGAUUGACGCGGACAAGGGGGUCGACGAGGUGCAUGAGGAGAUUGUGCGGCGGGUGGAGCAGGCGCUGGGGAGCGAAGCACUAGACGGAGAGGUGAAGAAGCUGUGGGAGGGCGCGCUAAGCGUCGAGAAGGACUGA